CACUCGGUGGUGCGUAACGCUCUGUUCUGCCUGGAAACAGCAGCAAAUGAGAAGGAAAACCACGUGUACACCAAGGCUCUGAUGGCGUACGCCUUCGCCCUGGCUGGGAAGGAGGAGAAGCGGAAGGCGUUGCUCGACUCCCUUGAAAAGGAAGCCGUGAAAAAGGAUGGGUCUGUGCAUUGGCAGCGGCCUGGGAAAGAGCCAGAGGUUGAUCUCCCGUACUAUCGCUACCGAGCUCCCUCUGCUGAAGUGGAGAUGACAGCCUACGUGCUCCUUGCUCACCUCACCACACAGCCAGCACCUUCCCACGAGGAGCUGUCGUUCGCCUCUCUGAUUGCAAAGUGGAUCAGCGGCCAGCAGAAUCCCAGUGGAGGCUUCUCCUCCACCCAGGACACAGUGGUGGCUCUCCAAGCCCUGUCCCUCUAUGGAGCUGCCACCUAUGCCAAGAGCGGAGCAGCUUCCAAAGUGACCCUGCGAUCUGGAGAGGACUUCCAGCAAGACUUCCAAGUGGAUCCCACAAACCGGCUGCUGCUCCAGCGUGUGCCCCUGCCCCGGGUGCCAGGGGAGUACAGCACGGAGGUGUCUGGAGAAGGAUGUGUCUACCUGCAGACAAGCUUGAGGUACAACGUGCAGCCCACGCAGGAGGAUGCGCCCUUCACGCUCCACGUGUACACGAUCCCAGAGACAUGCGAGGACUCCAAGGCUCACAAGGUCUUUGACAUCGGCAUAAACGUCAG